GGACCCGGUUAGCACGACUCUACUACUACCGAUGGCAGUCCGGGCUGUCACCUUUGACAGGCUCAUCAAGCGAAAGGGCGCGGAAACCACGGGGACCCUGAGACUCGGUGGGCCCUCCGCUACUUUCCUGUGCGUGGCGGCGCUGUGGCGAGCGACUGACAGGCGCAGCGAAAGGCAGCCCUCUGCUGUACGGAGAAAAGCAGAGGCCUGGGCGACCAGCCCGAGCAGCAGGGACCCAAAGGCAGUGCUUAACACAGCUGCUGAAAGCGUGCGUGGGAGGCGGGGGCUCUGGGUAGAACGAAAGUCACAGGAUGUCACAGAAGCAUGUCUCCCGGGAAGAAGCGAGCUAAAAGAGGGGUCCCAGUCACCAUGGAGGACCCACACCCUGAAGAGCCCAUGGAGCAGCAGGAUUCACCCAAUGAGAGGAGCCCCCGAAGUCCAGGAGACAGCAUCUGCCACCUGGGGGCCCUGCAGUGCACCCGCUGCCUCAUCACCUUCGCAGAUUCCAAGUUCCAGGAGCGUCACAUGAAGCGGGAGCACCCAGCGGACUUCGUGGCCCAGAAGCUGCAGGGGGCCCUCUUCAUCUGCUUCACCUGUGCCCGCUCCUUCCCCUCCUCCAAGGCCCUGAUCGCCCACCAGCGCGGCCACGGUCCAGCCACGAGGCCCUCCCCGCCGGCUGCACCCACCGCUGCCCAGCCCACCUUCCCUUGUCCCGACUGUGGCAAGACCUUUGGGCAGGCUGCUUCUCUGAGGCGGCACCGCCAGGUGCACGAGGCCCGCGCCCGGCCUGGUACCUUUGCCUGCACCGAGUGUGGUCAGGACUUUGCCCAGGAAGCAGGGCUGCAUCAACACUACAUUCGGCAUGCCCGGGGGGAGCUCUGAGUGCAGCGUGAGCCCUCUCCACGGUGAUAAGGGACUCUGUGGCUGGUAGGACCCACCAUGAUAUGGGGCACAGGAACUCCGGGGGCCUUGGAGGGAUUUUCUUCCCUCCUUGGGAAAGCAGAGAGCUCUCUGAUUAAUAGGACCCAAAAGAUUCUCAUUUAGAGCUUCAGUCUUUGGAGGACGCAGGGUCUUUAGGGAAACUGAAAUCUUUUGUUUCAAAAACAACGGGCAAGAAAGAGAGCGAGAGGGAAAAAUGAUUCGUAUCUCCCUCAUUCCCAAUUAAAUAACUAGCUGCAGAUUGUGUCAUCACAUUUAAUGCUUCCCAGAUGGAUGUCAUGGGGUACAGGACCAAAUUGCCCUGGAUCUGUGCCUGAAGUGGGGGCAGGGAAGGCGAGGUGUUGCUGGCCUGUAAUGUCUCCUGGGAGUUCCAGACACCGACCAACAUGGGCCUUUGGGGGUGGAGUAGCAAGUCGGAAGCUGGACCCUAAAUCAAGUGGGGGUUGUAAUUUGAGUCCUUGUCUUCUUCCCACCCCCUGCCAGCCUUCUCCACUCAAAGAGGGGCUGUGGCAUUGGAUGGCACUAGCCUCUCGGAUAAGUCGUGCCCCAUUUAAAUAAUUCUGUGUAUCAUUCUAAGUCAUGGAAUAUUUUUUAUACAUGUAGGUGAGAUGACAUGAAUAAACUAACAGAAAUAGUACCUAAAAACAGAAACAUCCAUAUUAAAAUAUCUAAGCAGGAAGCUCUGGCUUUUGAGUGGGACUUUCCAGAGAACAGAAGGGUGUGGGAGGGGGGGCAGCUCAGGACAGAGUUGGCCUAGCCUUGUGGGGAAACUGGUUUGGAAUCAAACAGAGAUACCUUCUGUUUCGUGUUCUAUUUGGCCAACACUGGGAGAUUUUUUCUGUUAAGAUCCUAUUUUCAGCUCUCUUGAAAGGCCCAACCCAGGCUUACAUUGUCAGCAGGGGCAGGGCAAAAGCUACAGCAAGCUGGAGCUGAGCAGUGUCACCCUCAGACUGGAGAUGAGUCCCACCAGGCCAGCUUUACUCCCUUACGUUACCUGCCCUGCCCCUAGAGUCAGUGGCUGAUGCCCUGCAUACAAUGCUCACACUGUUUGAAUUGAGGGAUGUUCUUAAAGCCUACAGCUGGGGUGGAAGUAGUAGAGACUGACAGCUGUCUCCCAAUUUUUAGCUAGGCACGUGGUAGCUAAAAGACUACAUCUCCCAGAUUCCCUUGCAGCUAGAUGUGGCUGGAGUUCUGGCUAAAUUUCUGAGUAGGCUCCUCGAGCUUGGGAAAGGGACAUGCCUUUCCUCUACCUUUCUAACUGGAAUAUGGAUGUGGUAUCCAGCCUUCUUGGACCAUGAGGACAAGAGCAACACGUGGCAUGGCAGAGCAACAAGACAGCAGGAGCCUGGGUCUCUGGUCAACUUCAUGGAGCAGAGCCACCAUACCAGCCUACUUCCAUACUGCUAUGUAAGAAAAAAAUAAAUCUCUGUCUUAUUCAAGCCA